AUGACUUCCUUAUUGGAAAGGUGGAGGACAGAAACUCAUACAUUCCACUUCCCACAUGGAGAGACCACUGUGACAUUAGAGGAUGUGGCAGUCCUCCUUGGCCUACCGAUAGAUGGAGAUGUGGUCACCGGUCCCACCAUCGUGCAAGACAUAUUCUCGACGUUCCACGAACAUUUGUGGGUAAUUCCACCACUGACAGUGAUAAGAGGAAACUCAAUUAGAGUUUCUUGGUUAAAUAAUACUUUCCAACAACUCCCACAAAAUGCAAACAACAAUGUUAUUGCUCAAUAUGCAAGAGCGUACAUACUAACAUUGAUUGGAAGCAUUUUAAUGCCAGACACGUCUGCUGCAAGGGUACAUGUGAUGUAUCUACUCAAGCUACCUGACUUGAAUGUAGUCAACAAUUAUAGUUGGGGGUCUGCAGUUUUGGCCUGUCUAUAUCGUGGCCUAGAUCAUGACAUUCACAUAAGACAAGAAAAUAUUGGUGGAUGCAUGAUUUUGUUACAAUGUUGGGCUUGGGAGAGGAUCACUUCUAUAGCUCUACAACUUGACCCUUUAAGUGAUGAGGAAGUGGCUGCAGGGGAUGGUUUCCCCGUAUGCAGAAGGUGGAUGAACCAAGCAAAUCGGAGAAAUGCUGGUUUUUUAUUAGUUAGUGAAUUUCGCUUGAAAUUUGAUCAAAUUCGUACAAGACAGUUCUUGUGGAGACCUUAUAUUCAAAAUGAAGUUCGUCGGUUGAUUGUGGUUGACAUCCCUAUAGUGGCUAGAGCAACAAUCCCUAUAAUUUGCUUCGUGACAGUCGAAUUCCAACAGGCGGAUAGGGUCAUGCGUUAA